GGGGAGAGAACAACUCAUUUUUCCAUAGCUUCCUAUCGUCGAUUGACAAAUCUCUUUACCUUGUGUUACUGUACUUUACCUUCUUUUACUAAAUGCCGGUUUUUCAAUCAAGCAUAGGAGACGAUGACAAGGCGCUAGAUUGAUGGCGUCAUAGUUCAUAGCAGAUAAUUGUAGUUGUUAAACAGAAUCGAGGAAGUACAUAUUGCGAACUUUAAAUAAACAAUUUAUGAAGAAACAUGUCAUUAGCCGAUGAAUUAUUAGCAGAUCUUGAAGAGAAUGAUGAUAACGAUGACAUCGCAGAAGAACCGGAGCCGGAUUUUAUUCCGGCUUCCGUUUCGAAAACAAUCGAAGAAGAAAUAAAAGUAGCUUCUGUAAGAGAAUUGGCAAAACUUCGUGAUUCAGAACAGUUACAAAAAGUAAUGUUACAAAUAGAAAAAUAUAGUAAAAUUCCUAGAAAGUCGGCAGAUAUUAUUGGGCCUGUUGAGUCUGAUCCAGAAUAUCAACUUAUCGUUGAGGCUAAUAACAUGGCUGUAGAUAUUGAUGAUGAAAUAGCUACUAUACAUCGGUUUGCCAGAGAUAAAUAUUCCAAAAGAUUUCCAGAACUAGAAUCUUUAGUUGUUGGUCCUUUAGAAUAUGUGAUGACAGUUAGAGAAUUAGGAAAUGAUUUAGAUAGAGCAAAAAACAAUGAAACAUUGCAACAAUUUCUUACUCAAGCAACAAUUAUGGUGGUUUCAGUUACUGCUUCAACAACUCAAGGACAAUUAUUAACAGAAGAAGAAAAGGAAGCUAUUUGCGAGGCAUGCGAUAUGGCAGUAGAAUUGAAUAACUGCAAGUUAAAAAUAUUUGAAUAUGUUGAAAGUAGGAUGGCAUUUAUCGCGCCAAAUCUUUCUGUAAUAGUGGGUGCAUCUACAGCAGCAAAAAUUAUGGGUGUUGCUGGUGGACUGACAAAACUUUCCAAAAUGCCAGCAUGCAAUGUUUUAGUUUUGGGAUCUCAAAAAACCACAUUAUCUGGAUUUUCUCAAGUAACAACUUUACCUCACACUGGAUUUAUAUAUUAUUCUGAUAUUGUACAAGAAACACCACCAGAUUUACGAAGAAAAGCAGCUAGGCUUGUGGCAGCAAAGAGUAUGUUAGCUGCCCGAGUUGAUGCGUGUCAUGAAAGUACAGAUGGUCAUAUUGGUCAAAUGUUCCGUGAAGAAAUUGAGAAAAAGCUCGAUAAGCUUCAAGAACCACCUCCUGUUAAAUUUGUGAAACCUUUACCAAAACCCAUUGAUCCAGGACGAAAGAAACGUGGUGGUAAACGUGUUAGAAAAAUGAAGGAACGUUAUGCUAUCACUGAAUUUAGGAAACACGCAAAUAGAAUGAAUUUCGCAGAUAUCGAGAAUGAUGCUUAUCAAGAAGAUCUUGGUUAUUCGCGUGGAACAAUUGGCAAAGCAGGGACUGGUCGUAUUCGACUACCACAAAUCGAUGAAAAAACAAAAGUACGGAUAUCAAAAACGCUCCAGAAAAAUUUACAAAAACAACAACAAUGGGGUGGCAGUACAACAGUUAAAAAACAAGUUUCCGGAACAGCAUCUAGUGUUGCAUUUACUCCAUUACAGGGUUUGGAAAUUGUAAAUCCGCAAGCCGCAGAAAAGAAAGUAAACGAAGCCAAUGCUAAAUAUUUUUCGAAUAUAGCUGGAUUUUUAAAAGUGAAAAAGACAUAAGGAGAUUGUACAUAGUAUACAGUGUAAUGUAUCAUUAGUUCAGUAAAUUUUAACAUGUUGAAUGCCACGCCAGUUUUACAAGGUUUGCAAUACGAUGAAUUUUUUAUUAUGCGAAAAUAUAAGUUGAAAUAUUACCUACAAAAGAUAUGUUACAGUGUAUAAUCAUCAUUAAUGAAUUUAUUUCAUUGAUGUCACUGGUGACCCCCACGGCGCUGUAGUGCAAUUUCACGAAUUCACUUAUUUUUUGCGAUUAUCUAUUAUCUCAUAUUGUUUUUUCGCUUUGUUAAAUAAUUGUUCUGUGUUAUGUCCCAGGACCUAUCAUAAACCAUAAUCCAUCCCUCGGUUAUACAUAUUCGGACCCGCAAUAAUCUUAAAGAACUGUCACAAGAUUUAGCAUUUUUUACUUUACUGUCAAGUUCCUUAAUUGUCAUCAAACAUUUUUCAAGUCGAAACGUUCCUUAGAGUUAUUGUUCAUUAAGGUAAAAUACGGAAAAAGCGGGUUUUUACCAUGUUCGACAGCCACUGGUGAGAGACACACAUAAUACAUCUAUAUUUUAUAUAUAAAUAAAAUUAUUUUUAUAUGUUUUAUACUACAUUAAUUUCAUCACACCAUUGUAGUAACGAUAGUAAUAGUACAAAAUUUAUAACUAUUGACAUUUGUUCAAAUUAUGUAUUUCUACUAAUCUUGGUGCGUCGGUUAUCGGUGACCCCAUGGCAUUUAACAUGUUAACUACAUUUGUUAUAUAUAUAUAUACAUAAUUGUGUUUUGUAAACACCAGAUGUGCUGUAUUUAUACAUAACUGUAUCUUGUAUCAUUUAAAUAAUGACAAAGUAAUAGUAACUGUAACGUUGCGUAAAUAUUAAUUUUUCCGCACAGCAUUCUUUCCAUAUGAUGAGGAAAGUUUAAAAGAACAUGUAAUAAAUUUUUGUUUCUUUGUGUUUUUGUACUUCUAGUAUUAAUAAUAAAUUUAUUAGGAAGUAUUAAAUUAGAAACAUUUUAUUUCAAAUUAAUAUUUAAAAUUGUUGCUAUUGUACACGUUAAGCAGGAAUCUAAUAUCCUUGAUAGAAAGAGCGGGAUAUGUUGCUCAACAAGAGCGUAACUAAGAAGAGAUAUAUGUCGCCCUAAGUUUACGUGUAUAUGAUAUACGCAGACAACUUACAAAUAUGAUAGAUGACAGAUGACCUGGUGGUGAACUGAUCGUAAAAAUAAACGGUGCGAAAGACUAGAGUGAAAAGGUAUGCUAGCAUAAACGCUUAGAGAAAGAAGGAUGGACAUACAUAUAUGAGGUGCGUGGAAGAGCGAGAAGCGUGGUCGUGGCGGUAAAAGGUAGAGGAAGAUAAGAAGAACACCGGGUGGAACGAACGGCAAACCAGAACUGGGUGUCGUAAGCUAAUCGUCGAAUGCUUUGAGUACUCGUGUGUGUUCUUACUUCGUUCCUCAUCUCCUUUGAAGGAUGCGUAUAUUAUGCGAAGUUCCACGUUCGUCGUGUGUUCUACUUGAUAUUACGCGGGAAAUGUGAUUGUGCAUUUAUUGUGAUACGGAAAUCAUAAGAAAAUUGUUGUGACAAGGUGGAAAUUCUGGUUUUUUCGCUGUGGUCCUGUCAGAGAAUCCGGUGGCGAAAGAAUAAGUCCUGAUGACCAUGGCGAGUUUUAAAGAUUUACAGAAUGAUUGGUAUACGUUAUGUCAGGAUUGUACUGACUGUUGGACACGCUCUGACUUGCAAUUGGCUGCAGAACUCGGCAAAACACUUUUAGAACGGAACAAGGAAUUAGAAAACAUUAUCAAAACACACCAGUCCACCGUUGAGGAACAAGCACAAGAAAUA